UUCACAAGCCAAUCACAACAUUCGAAUACGUCCAAGAAACUCGCGAACAUAUGCUUCAAAAACGCGCUGUUUUCUUCAGUCAGUCGAAAAAUUUAGACGCGUGAAGAGUUCGUACGAUGGCCGGUGUAGUGUUGGUGUUUGCUGCCCUUUGUGUCGCAGCCGUUUUUGGUCAAUCGGACCUGCCAGUGACCCAGCAAUGCCUGGGCUGCAUCUGCGAGGCCAUUUCUUCGUGUGACACCAGCGGCAGUUGCGCUGGGGAUGUUUGUGGCCCUUUUAGGAUCACGUGGGCUUACUGGUCCGAUGCUGGGAAACCCACAGUUGGCGGUGAAUCACCCGAAGCCGUCACGGCCUACUCAAACUGUGCCCGUGACACCUACUGCUCAGCCUUGGCCGUACAAGGAUACAUGCAUAAAUUCCAACAGGAUUGCAACAAUGACGGUAAGAUCGAUUGCGACGAUUUCGCCCUAAUCCACAAACUGGGGGGUUAUGGGUGCAAGGGGGCUGCUUUCCCGGGGGUUUACGGGGAGCGGUACCUUCAGUGCAAAGCUAUAGUGGGCGGAGUUAAACCUUAAGACUAAUUAAAGCUGUGAAUUUGUACUUUUUACUAUUUUUUAUUGAUAAUAAAACCUCACCUCAAA